AUGCCGGGCGCUUCUAUUGCAUCGAGCAUAAGCGGGCUUACCAACACCCUUAUUGGGGCUGGUAUGCUGGCCCUGCCUCAUGCGUACACCAGCAUGGGGUGGUGCUUGGGCAGCAUUCUCUUAGUAUUUUGUGCUACAACGACCAACUACGCCUUGUAUCUCAUGAAACUGAGCUGUGAUGCCGUGGAAGGCACUGUUACAGAUUUUUAUGACUUGGUCCUGCGUGCAAUGCCAUCGUAUGUGUGGGUCAUUGACCUAACCAUCGGCCUCAAGUGCUGGGGUGUGACCAUUUCCUACCUCAUUAUUAGCGGCAAUUUGAUGCCACAAGUCCUUGCGAGUGUAGUCCAUGCGAUGGGGUUCCAUACGGACUCCGUCCCUGAAGUGCUUUACAGCAAGUUCCUAUGGACUGUCUUGGUUCUCGUGUGCAUAUCGCCCUUCUGCUUUGUGCGCCAGCUGCACUCGAUGAGCAUCGUUGGUUAUAUCAACAUGGGAGCUGUGGCUUACCUGCUCCUUAUCAUGACGUACUUUGCUAUUUUCGCCAGCAACACGUCGCAUAUGCCAGAAAAAGGCUCUAUUCAUGCAGUCCUGCUCUCGUUCGAUACGAUUCGCACGUUUCCGAUCAUGAUGUUCGCCUACACGUGCGCUCAGAACAUCAUCUCUGUGUAUCGCGAAUUGGACAACUGUACAUUGAAGCGUGCCAAUACAGUCACUGUAUCGUCUGUGAGUGCGAGUGCCAUGGUCUACCUCUUUGUGGGCCUCGUCGGCUAUGCUACUUUUGGAUCGCAUGCAGCGGACAAUAUCAUUUCCAUGUACCCUGACAAGAGUCUCUUUGUCGGCUUUGGGAAGUUGGCCGUUGUCUUUUUAGCACUGACCAGCUACCCUGUCCAGCUGUAUCCAUCGCGAGCCAGCUUUAUUAGCCUCUGGCGUUACUGGCAGCGCGAUGCUGUGCGUCUGCCUGAGACGAUGGACGAACAAGCUCAUUUAGUACCUUCUGGUACAGGCUCGCGCUCCUCUACGUAUCGGCCUUUAUCGACAUGGAGCUGGAAUGCAUUGACCCUCGGUAUGAUGCUCUCGGGGAUCACGGUCGCCCUUGCCGUGGAUGACCUGUCGAUCGUCCUUGGGUUUGUGGGCUCGAUUGGCAGCUCGAUUGUUUCGUUUAUCCUGCCUUCUGUGAUCUAUUGCUGUAUUUUUGCCAACGGACAGCGAACGAUAAACUAUUCGUUGUCUAUGGUAUUGGGCGCGUAUGGUGUUAUUGUCAUGAUUGUGGCUUUGGCGGCCAAUAUCAACAAACUCCUAACGUAA